AUGGCCUCGAGCUCCAGUCUCCCGGCCAAGUCGUCGAUGGAUGCGGAUGUCGAUAUGGAUGUGGAUGACACAACCUCGAAAGCCCCUGUCCAGCAAACCCAGCCCGAGCCGUCAGACACGGCAUCCUCCAAACCAGCCGACUCCCUUGGUCCCUGGCUCCAUCCCAUCGAGUGUCUCAUCAACGGCGCCCGCGACGAGCCCGAUGCCCUCCUGAUCAACACAUACGAGAGCGGUGCCUCCGAGCGACACUCCUAUCGCCAGGUGUGGAGGAGAGCAUACUCGAUCGCCCAGGGGCUCAGGGCCCUCGCCGGCUGGGACGACGCCGACCACGAGGUCAUCGGCACCUUCUGCGAGUCCGAGGUCAACUGGGUGUUCUAUUCCCUUGCAGUGUGGAUGCUUGGCAAGAAGACAAUCAACUUUGGUCUCAACCUGCCUCCGGCUGCCCGAAAGGCUCUGUGCGACAG